AACCCGCCACGUAAAAUACACAUACACACACACACACAUCCAUACACACACAUACAUGCAUAUAUAUAUAUUUUUAUGUGUGUGUGUGUCUAUAAAGAUAUAGGUACAUCAAUACCUUCUUGACGUAUUUCUUUGAUACGUCUCCAGGAAAUAUGGCAGAACGUAGGAAGAAGCACAAGAAACACUGCCAUGGCUACAAAUUAGUUUAACGAAGGCAAAGUAAAAUAUUUCUUAAUUGAAACUUCUUCACCAGGAACUGAAAGAAAACAGCAUUAAAUUGGCAUUGAAGACUUGGCACUGAAGAACAGAAAGUGAAACUAGAGGAGAGAGAUAAGGAGGAAGAAUUGUUAAAUAGGCUGCGAUAACAGAAGAAUGGACGAAUCCUUGUACGAAAAUUUCAUUUGUAAUCUUUGCCUGGAACCCUAUACUGAACCCAAGUCCCUUCCAUGUCUACAUUGUUUUUGCUUAGAAUGUCUGCUGCAAUAUCUGCAAUCCAGGCAACCAACCACAGCUUCACCAUCCUCCGUUCUAUAUUACGAUAACUUUCCUUGCCCGGUUUGUAAAUAUAAAGUGAGGUUGGAAUGGCAGCAAAGACUCAGUUUUGCUAAUCUAAGAUCUGUCGUAGACUCAUUCCCAGACAAUUUCCACAUGGUAAACUUAAUGCAACAACUAGAUAUUCGACCCGUAACCAAAUUCUGUGGCAUUUGUAUGGGAGACGACAUCCAAUCGAAGAGUGUCUCCUGGUGUCAGGACUGCUACCAAUCUCUGUGUGAAAGCUGUACAAAUUCCCAUCGGACUCUGCAGUUGACAUCCGACCACACGUUGAUAGAGGACUGCAGUGUGAAGGGCUUCCUGUUUGCGAACAAUGCAUACCCAUGCCCGAAACAUGACACUGAAUCUCUGCGGUCGUUCUGCAACAAGUGUAAGGUGUGUAUAUGCUACAAAUGCCAUCUGACUGACCACAAGAACUGUGAGAAGAUAAUACUGUUGGAGGAAGCUGUUGCUGACUAUUCUACGACGGCUGAUCUGAUCAUAGACAGCCUCAAGAAACACAUGGAGGAAAUGGUGCUUCUGCGAGACAAAAUAACAAAACAGCGCAAUACAGCCCUUGACCGUCGAACCAGCAUAGUGUCUGAUAUCCAGGACACGACCAGUCGAUUGAUAGACUCUCUCAAGAUGAAUGAGACCAACCUGAUUGAAGAACUGGAAAAGUUCUACAAAGAAGAGGAUGCUAAGAGAGAAAUUCUUGAAAAUGACAUCAACGACACAUUGUCCAAUCUUUCAGAAACUUACAAAAUAUUUGAAAACUGUUACCGAGGUAAAAAUGAACCUCAGUUCCUGAAUCUUGUUAAUACAAUUGACAAGAAAAUUCCCGAUAAUGCAAAGAAAGUGAAGAAGUUGUUAGAACGAAUUGACAAAGAAAAGAGACAUUUUCGGUUUGACAUGAACACCAAAAUCCAGGAAUGUCUGAGAAAGUUGGAAGGUUUGCCACUCGGAACAGUUACCAUUACUUCUGAGACUCCAACAGAAGAAGUGGGCAACGAUGCCAUCGUGAGGUACAACUUACCAAAGAUAGAUUCGUCGACGUCUAUGAACUUUAUCGAGACAACAGAGGUAGCAACAGAAACGGCCCUUGUUGAGGUGAGCAAUGAAAAGUCUCGGCAGGUAAAACCACGUGGUUUGUUGUCCUGGCUGUGUAGACGUGGUCCACCAAAGGUACCACACAUAACCAGGUCUAUCAGUCAGUCAAAAACAUCCCUGUUAGCUGAUGGAGUCAUAUUUUUGUCAGCAGAGUAAGAAAACAUUGCAACCGAAUUGAAUCCCUGUCUUGGAUACUGGAAGAAGACCGUUUUAUUUUUGGAACUUAUGAAUAUACUGAUUAUAUACAUAUAUUUAUACACACACAUAUCUGUACUCAUAUAUACUUGUUCUACAUGCAUAUCUAUGCAUACAAAUACAAUAAUAUGUGUGUGUG